CAGAUGAAGCCGAAAGCCGGCACCGAGAUCAGGUUCACGGAGCUGCCGAAGCAGAUGUACCCCGAUGGUGCAACUCCGGAGGAGAUAACCAGGCACAGCAUGGACCUCAGCUAUGCUCUGGAGAAGGUGAUUAACCAGCGAUACGCCAGCCAGCCUCUGGAUCUACUUGCUGAGUUGCAGUUUGCUUUCAUCUGCUUCCUGAUCGGGAAUGUAUAUGAUGCAUUUGAGCACUGGAAAAGACUCUUAAACAUCCUGUGCCGAUCUGAAGAUGCUGUAGGGAAGUAUCAAGAUCUUUACAUCAAUCUCAUUUCUGUGCUGUAUCACCAGCUCAGUGAAAUCCCAGCUGAUUUUUUUGUGGACAUUGUGUCCCAGGACAACUUUUUAACCAGCACCUUACAGGUGUUUUUUUCCUGCACGUGCAGUGCUGCUGUUGAUGGGACCCUAAGGAAAAAGGCUGAAAAAUUCAAGGCUUACCUAACGAAGAAAUUUAAAUGGGACUUUGAGGCAGAGCCUGAUGACUGCGCUCCUGUAGUGGUAGAACUUCCUGAGACCAUGCAGGUGGACUAA